GCGGUUGCAAUCUUCAGAGCUACAGGAUGGCGACACGUGGCCAUGAUCGACUGGUAUUCCACUUUGUUGUCUUGGCCUGCUUGUUGAUGAUCUGGUCGGAGAGGCCGUCAAGUUUUGCCUCCGCCUCGGGAAGGCACCUAAGGUUCUCUGCUUCUGGAUGGAAUAAAGAGGGUGACAAUGACCCUUCAAGGUGGAUGCAAGAGGGGGAAGCCAUGCCGGGCUCUCAGUGUUCUGUCGAUUUCAAGAGUCUGGAUUUCUCCACCCUGCGAGAUAUGUGUCCCCCUUCAGAGACGGUAGAUAUCACAUGCUGCCUGCCUCUGGCACGGAUAGUCAGCGGCUUACCUCUUGAUCCGUCUAUAAUGUCAGAGACGUGCAGAAAUGACUUCUUCCAGGCCCUCAGCGAGGCCGGGUUCGAUCCCAACCAGCUGCUAGGCGUCUGCAUGCCUCAUCUGGCUCCGUUGGUGCAGACAGGCAAGGCCUUCUCCACUAAAUCCCUCCCUAGCCUACCCAUUGCGGGAGGGGUCUCUGCGACCCAAGUGGCUAACACUGCCGCGAAGGCAUACGCCAAACUGGUCAACCCAGCUGAAGGGUCCUUAGAGACCGAAGGAGGGGGUGGGAGUGGGUCAGAUGUGGUCAGUGUACUUCGUAAAACUGCCAAGAAGGCGUACACCAAACUUGGAAACACAGCUCCAGCGUCCUUAGACAUCAUCGCAGGACUCCGAGGGAGUGAGGGUGGUCCUGAUGUGGUUGGGCGACUUGGCAAAAUUGUCAAGAAGGUCUACACCGCACUGGGAAGCACAGCUCUAGCGUCGUCGUCGUUAAACAUCGAAGGAGGGAGUCACAGUGGCUCAUCAGAUGUGGCGGUCUCCUCCUCCGAGUCUGGACAACAAGUCGAUGGGGGCGAGAGCUCCUUGGAACAAGGACUUGUCUCGAGUGAAGCCUCCCCCUUUAUCGGAUCUCAUGAGGGGUCUGAGCUUUCACAAACCGCCCCCCUUAGCUCUAGUUACGAUGAAGCGGCCCUAUCGAGCCUGUACGAGGACGUCUUGCAAGCGUCCUUGGGGAGUUUUGCUAGCGACUAUAUAGCUUCAUCCGAAUCGAGUCAAGGAGGGGACAGCAAGGACGGCGACUUGGCGAGUGGUUCGGGUACCCUUUAUGCGCCUUCAUCCCAGUCAGGACAACAUGGAGGCAGCGAGAAGAAGUCGACUGAAAUGGGAGCCCCUGCAAGUGAAGCCCCCCUCUCGGGAUCUCAUGAUUCUGAGUCGGACAAGUUGAAACCUCUCCCCAAAUCAAGCGGUGAAUCUGCCCCAUCCAGUUCUCCUUCGUCUGCAUCUGGACAGAAUUCCAGUCCUCCUUCGUCUGCAUCGGGACAACAUGGGGUCAGCGCAGAGAAGUCUACCAAGGGAGGAGCCCCUGCAAGUGAAGCCCCCCUCUCGGGGUCUGAUGAUUCUGAGUCGGACAAGUCGAAACCCCUCCCCAAACCAAGUGAUAAACCUGCUGCAUCCGAACCAAGUCAUACUGAGUCUGGCAACAAUGCACCUUCCUCUGAGUCUGGAAAACAAGGGGACGGGAAGGGGACCCCGAGCAAAGGAGCGUCCGCAAGCCAAGCCCAUGACUCAGUGUCUGCAGAUGUGUCUGCCCCGUGAGAACCACCCUUCUCUAUCUCAGGUGGUCAGGCCGCCUCCUGAAGUCUGUACCUUUAGACUUUUCCCCCCAGC